UGGGUAACCAAAAAAAAAUAUGAUCGCAUGACUUGGUUGACUGAAAUGCAAAGACAAACGGGAGGUUGAGGAACAAGAGGAACAAGGAAAACAGUGAGUGUAUUCGAUAAAUCGCAUCGCAGAGAAGAAAGAAAGAAAGAAGGAAAAUGAACUUGGAAUCGGUGAAGAAGUACUUGGAGAAACCAGGAGGUGACACGUCAUCGCUUGUGGAUGAACUCCCUCCAAGAUUCUUGGAACCCUUAGUCCUCAAUGCACUUCGCGUCGAUCUCGUUGAACCAGGCCGAGUCCUCUGCUCCAUGAAAAUCCCUCCUCGUUUACUCAAUUCCGGCAACUCGUUGCACGGCGGCGCCACCGCCACCAUGGUGGAUGUGGUGGGUUCAGCUGCGAUUCCCACCCUAGGGCAUAUGUCUGGCAGGACUGGGGUUUCUGUGGAGAUCAAUGUUACAUACUUAGAUGCUGCAUAUGCUCAUGUUAGUAUCUAUCUAUCUAUCAUCAUUCAUUUCUAUUUAUCUUUACCUUUUCUUUUCUUUUCUUUUGUGUUCUUUUAGGGGGAAACAAAAUGAAAUUGGCCGCUAUCAAUUGUGAAAAUAUGUGGAAUCUUUUGACAAAUUCAAGUUGCUUGAUUUGAUCUUUGUAUAAAUUGUUUUGCGGCUGUGAUGUGUUUGGUAAUGGUUUGCUUUGUUUGAUGCCUCAAGAAGCUGUUGGAAUGGUCCCUUUGGCUUUCAUGAAUUGAUCAACCGUAUUGUUGGUUCAAGUGAUAUUGAGUCCUAUGAAAAAAAGGAGUAUAUAUAUAUAGGGAGAACUUUAUUCCCAAUAUGAUAUUGGCCUAGCUCAAACUAGAGUACCUAUCAUUUUUAAAAGAAAAAGGUUUGAAUUUAUUGUUAUUCACCUGAGCGCAGAUAGAUUGCAGUAUGAUAUGAUAUCUUUCGCUCUUUGUCCGUCUUGCUACCAUGAAUUUGGUCACUGCUACAAGCUCUAUUCAGUCUGAUAUCUGGUCAAGAAACAAAAAUUGGGAGACCCUCAAAGAUAAAACCUAUGAUUUUAUCUGUUGACACCCUCUUUAAACUAUUGCAAUUGCUUAUGAUUUUGUGAACUAUGCUCUUUUCUAAUUUUGGCAUGAAUUGAUUUAUUGUUCAGUAUGGAUGAGACUUUGUUUUUCGAUGAGUGGAAUGGAGGGAUCCGCUUCUUGGUUUAUGAUAUUGGAUGUUGUUGAUUUGAU